AUGUCGCUUCUUUAUAAAGCACGUCCGCAUCUGCUAGAUGAUAAAGAGAGUUGGACCCACCAAAGCGUCUAUCUCGCAAGAAAAUCCCCCAACGAUCGUGGCUUUGAAUCCGGUAAAACUUACUAUUCUGACUUGGUGGAAGCAACGACUUUGCUUCAGGUGCCAGAUCAGAGCAACACCGAUACGCCUCAUGAUGACAUCUUCCAUAUGGCUGCACUUCUCAAACAAGCCGUUUCGACUGUCCUGUUGCAACACACCCUCAGUCUCCUGUUCAUCCAUCCUCAGCACGGUCACAAAUACAUCAUGAUUACAAGCAACUAG